UGGCACACCUAAUCCGUCCGGGGACCCUCCUUUUCAAAAAAUCCAUCCACUGCGCUGGACGCCUACGUGAUAUUUUAUGCGCCAAGCUCAGGCCGGGCCAAAUUGGCCUUGAAUUUUCGGUUCAUGUGUGUGAAAACAUUUUCAAAGUAUAUCUGCCUGAGGAUAUGCGUUUAACAAAUAAAUCUGAAUAAAUGGAUGUGUUUAUGUGCCAAAUUCUGAGUGCUUGGAAUUCUGAGUGCUUGCAUUGAUAGCUUGCAUGCACAGUGCACUGAAAUUGUUGCCGUGAUGGCUACAUCAGGCAUGUUAUGCUUAUUCUGGACAUGUUGAGGCAUUCAUAUUGUUCAGACUGGCCUGCGACUAGUCUGCAAAAGGCAACCUCUGUGCCUGACACCCAUAUGACAAUGGCUGCCAUCAAACAUAGGUGCAAUAACAAUGAAUGAACAGGUUCUGGAAGCAGCCUCAAAACUGGUGCCAAAGACCUUUUUGGCACCAUCUAAGGAUGCCAGGGAAGCACGAGCAAGCAUGUUCCGUGUGCUUAUUGAACAGAGGAAGAUUCCUGAAGAAGGGUGGCCAGACAACCAGAUUGAGUCUUUCCUCAGUGAACUUGCUCUGAUGGACUCCAAUAACUUCCCUUCAAACUGUGGUGUGGGGGAGCGUGAGGCCAGAGUGGCAUCAGCCUUGGUCUCCCGGCGGCACUUCCAUCUGGGCCACGGUAUCGGCCGCUCUGGUGACCUGACCGAGCCCCAGCCCAAGGCAGCCGGCUCCAGCAUCAUCAACCGGCUCACCAACGACUUGGCGUUGGACGCGCUCAGGAUGGCAGGUCUGCGCGGUGUCCGCUCCUGCUUCAUGGUGCCCAUGGCGACGGGCAUGACGGUGACGCUGUGUCUGCUGACGUUGCGCCACAGCCGGCCGCGCGCGCGCUACGUCCUCUGGCCGCGCAUCGACCAGAAGUCCUGCUUCAAGGCCAUCGUCACGGCAGGUUUCGAGCCGAUCGUGAUCGAGAAUGAGCUGGACGGGGACGAGCUGCGGACAAACAUUGACGAGGUGCAGCGGGCUAUUGUCGCCAAGGGCGCCGAGAACGUCCUGUGCGUGCUCAGCACCACCAGCUGCUUCGCGCCGCGUGGGAUCGAUCGUCUGGAGGAGCUGAGCGCGCUAUGUCGGGACCACGCCAUCCCACACGUCAUCAACAACGCCUAUGGCGUGCAGAGCUCCAAGUGUAUGCAUGAGAUUCAGCAGGCGGCAAGGACCGGCCGGGUGGACGUCGUGGUGCAGAGCACCGACAAAAACUUCAUGGUGCCUGUGGGAGGCGCCAUUGUCGCAGGCUUCGACAGGGUCUUAGUAGAAGGCAUCAGCAAGAACUAUCCUGGUCGGGCAUCGGCGGCCCCGUCUGUGGAUCUUCUCAUCACUCUCCUAUCGCUGGGCGCUGACGGUUGGAAGCAGAAGCUGCAUGAACGCAAGCAGCUGUUCGGCGAGCUACAGCAGAGUCUGUUGCGGCUAGCCGAGAAACACGGCGAGCGGGUGUUGGUCACCAGGAAUAACCCGAUAUCGAUUGCCAUGACGCUCACGGGUCGCGGCGGCGAUCGCUCGGCCCUGACCCAGAUCGGCUCGAUGCUCUACACACGCUGUGUGUCGGGUACGAGGGUCAUCGCCCCCGGCGACAACAAGGUCAUUUCAGGGCACACGUUUGAAGGCUGGGGUGCCCAUCACAGCCGGUACCCGCACGCCUACCUGACGGCCGCCGCGGCCGUCGGCAUCACCGCCGGCGACGUGGAGCGCUUUGUGCAGCGGUUGGACAAGGUGCUGACGCGCUGGCGGCGCGGCGAGGGCGGUGGCGACGCCGCGACGGUGGCGCCACUCGCACGGCUGGCGGCGGCCGGCGCAAACUCGGUUGCCGACGAUAGUCCGGAGCAGCUGCGGAAUGAAGCGGCGCCGGCCGCCAAUGGCGCCAGGGAGAAGAAGGUCGUGAUAGUGGUGGAGCAGGCCUCCAAGCUGGCCGAGAGCUCGGAGAGGGACGGCAGGAAGAGCGUAGCUGUCACCCUGCUGUGAGGUCGGGGAGGGUGCGCCGGCGGCGCCUCGAACUGACACAGAGCUUUACUGGCGAGUCCUGGGUAGGUAGGGCCCAGACGCGCGCUCGGUCGUAUUGUUCGUUGUUGUGCUGUCCACUCUGAUCAUGAUGGUAUGUGAUUUGAUGUGAUCAGUGUUGCGCCACGGGGAGAAAUCGGGAUAUGGACCAAUUAAAUGUUUGUUUCAGUUUUAACGGAUAGAUGUUUUCGUUUGAUAAUGUGGUGACUGUUCGCCUGUGCUACUUCCCACUAAGACGUACUUGUAGUUUACAUUAAUAGUCGUGUCAUAUAGCGUUCUUAUCACGUGUUUGCCGUGUGAUUCAACUGAUUUCCAGAUCACAUUAGUAACUUGCAGUCGACAGUGGACCUGGCAGUGAUAAGUGGUGAUGCUAAUACAUUUUUUG